UAUCAUUUAGUCUGUGCACGUUGGAACAAGUGAACAUGUUGCGUGUUGUGGCUUACGUCUGCGCUCUCCUGGCACUGGCACACGGACAGACCACCAAUGUACAGUCAUGUACUAUGUUCAAUGCACCAUUGCCGAUCAACGCGCACAUUGAGGGCUGUGUGGAGCCGCCAUGUAUCUUUCCGCAGGGCACUUAUGCGGUGAUUAACGUCUUAUUCCGAGCACCUCGCCCCAUUGAAACCAUGACUACUCUUGUGACAGCAUUGCUGUUUACCGCAAUCCCUUACCCACUCGGAGACGCCACACACACAUGCAAUUACCUCACUAACAGCUUCUGUCCUCUUGUCGAGGGUGAGGUAGUGCAGUACACCCUACAUAUGUUCAUCGAGAGCUCAUUCCCCGCGGGAACCAGUCUACCAGUCGAGUUCAGGGUUCGUGAGGGUAGUUCCUUGACGGGUUCGCUAAUCUGGUGCAUCCGUGUCCCGCUGACAAUUGUUCCUCCACUCUCCAGUUCUAAUAUGUCUGCCCGCAAUGCUACUGUAGCUGACAAAGUAUAAUCUUAAAAAAUAAUACACUCAUCAUUAAUAUUAAUCAAAUCAGUCUAUAAGUGCACACUGUUCUGUAAAGGCUUCUUCUCACACGUAGAAGGAAUGAGCAUUAAUCACCACAGAUGCUCGAAGUGAAUUGGCGAUUGCAAACUUAUAAUUAGAAGUUAUAUAUGCAGGUUUUCUCACGAGGUUUUCGUUCACCGUAAGACAGUAGUGUUUAGGUAAUCUUAGAAAGAACUUGUAGCUCGGAAGAAGUCACAUUGAUACUUGUCAAGUACAGGUACCCGCACCCCGCAUGAAACGCAGGCGCGUUUAUUUGACAUGUCAUUGAACAUUACAUUACAUUACAAUAUGCUCAUGCUACUAGACUGAUAUUUUUUGUACAGAACAACCAAAAAUUGUAAACUUUCAUUCUAUACAUUUUGAGAAAUAAAUAAAUUUGUGAAUAUUUACCGACUUCACUUGGGUUUCAUUUUAUAUUGAACUAUAAAGAAAAAACUUACUAGAUGCAUACCGAAGCCAGAAAUCUGGUAAAAACAUUUUGUCUGUCUGUCUGAAUGUUCGCGCAUCACGCAAAAACUACUAGUCCGAUUACGACGAAAUUUAGUGUAAUUAUACUUUACUAUCCUGGGCACUGGAGUAACUUCAAAAUAAAUAAAUUUUACCAGUUUCCUACAAUCUGGAACUUAUAUAAUUUAAAAGUGAUAUGUAGUCUAGAGGUAAGAAUAUUUUUACGUAAUAAAGAAAUACAC